GAACGCGCUAAGAGCUUCCUCGAGCAAAUGAACCAAUUGGCAGAAGUCAAAAAACUGUAUGAUGAGCUGGAAAACAGUGCGGUCUUCGGGAGCCUCGACAGUACAGACUUUCAAGUGGAAAAGCAACAGAGCACGUUCAAACAAAUAAGCGAAAAAAUGGAAAGCAUUAAUGAAGCCAUGAAACAUGUGAACGGCAAGAAUGACACCCAAGACGGCAGCAGCGUUGGUGGAGAUACCAGCGGCCUUGCAAAACAAGUUGACGAAUACAUUGAAAAGUUGGAAGCCUCUUUGAAGGAGAUACAGGAGAUACGAGGCCCGCUUGAGGAAAUGGAACAGUCCACGAAUGAUCUCACGAGCAAGCUGCAACAAGUGGUGAAGACUUUCACCAGCCUUACCAACCAGCUGUCUGCACACACUAAACGGCAACGUUUCUGCAGUUAG